UGAAAUCUUAUACUUACAAGGUAACGUGUAACACCUUUUCCGCGAAAGCUGUCACGACAUAAGUAGCUGCAUCUUUGUCCUAGGACUGACAGUCUGUGCUAUCAGCGUGAGGAAAGAGAGCGGUAAGAAGGAAAAUUUAUAAUUCAUUUCCUCAAGAAAGAAUAUAUAAGUUCCUCUUACUUCGAUAGAGGUUUACAGACGUGGACGAUUUCACUUUACUCAAAGACAGAGAAACGAGAACUCGUGGAAAAAUGAAUCAAAGUUCUGGGAACCAGCGUUUCGCCUAUCAGCAACCUAUUGGUCAAGCCCCUCCAGGUCAAUUUCAGCCCAUGUAUGUCCAGGCCCAGGCCCCUCCUGGACAGUAUGCUCAACAACCAGUUGGACAGGCUGUACAACAGGGCCAACUGGUUCAGCCAGCAGCAGCGCAGGAACCGACGUUGCCAAAGACUACUGAUUAUUGGAACAGUGCCUUGAUUGCAGAAAGAGUGGUUGAGUUUCUUUUCCUGUCAGCUGCUUGGAUAUCGAUUGUUAGAUAUUCCAGCCUGAGUGGAAGCGAUUCUUGGAUUGGAUAUUCGGCAUAUUUCAAAUAUUCCGAAGAUGCUCCUGUAUAUGAAGUCGGGAGAGUGAAUUUUUUUAAGGGAAUUACAGUGUUCUGCUGGAUCGUGUCCAUUGUAUUUCAAGUUGGGUUUGUUUUUGGCUUCAACUACAUCAAGCGUUUCUUGUCACGACCGUCACACUUGACAAUUGUCUGCUUCAUUGUGCAUAUCAUCCUGACCAUCUUACUGGUGGCUUGUACACUGACACUCGUGUUUCAUGCGCAUGAGAUGUCCAAGGCUUACGACUCACUGCUCCCGACUAUAAGGAUGAACCUUGAUGAACUCUACUUGGCACUGAUUUUUGGUGUUCUGGUCUGCUUUUCUUUCUUUGAAAGCGUUCGAUUGUUCUACAAAAUGAUCGUUACACAAAGAGGAGAGGAAGAAACCGACAACACUGCACAGACGGCUCAGGGGCCGGGUAUUCAGUCUUCUGCCAUGUAACCCAAAGGUCACAUUUGAACAAGGAAAGAAAACCUUUAUCUAGCUUAAUAGAUAUACAAGCGUGUUGAGCCUAGUUAACGUUAGAGAUGCCUGAAACGAUUUGGUAAAGUUGAUGAGAUAUGUUACUCAUUGUAGCCAUCCUUUUUUGCGAUGUUAGGUUUCAUGUUUUUGUACUUUACACCAUGAUAUCACGUUUGCUUGUAUUUUUUUCAGUCGGAUUGUUCACAGUUAUGUAAUAGAGGUAAUCAGUUAAAAAAAAAAAACCGACAAAUUUCUCUGUGAUGAGUUUUUGUUUAGUUUUUUUUUAACCUGACUGGGCCUAAUCAAUAUACUCCUAUACUCUUUUUGAACUUACUGACUUAGAGAUGUAGUCAGUCACUUUAUGUGAACGCAAAAAAAUAAAGUUUGUACAUGGUCAGAGUGCUCCUGACCUAAACUGCAA